ACUGAACGUUAUUUAAAGUUCCAUUCGCCCUUUCAUGCAAUAAUAAGCAGGUUUCUGACAUGUGGGUACCUUACUAUCUAGGUUUUAAUGUUUUAUUACAUCAGCUGGUGUUUUAAUUUCCAGGGUUUGUAAUAAUUCAUGUUCUACAGAGAUGAUGUGUCGGACUACAGCAAACGUGCAUCUAUUAUAUGACCUGUGAACCAAGAGUCGCUGUUAGCCGUUAGCCGUUAGCCACCUAGCUUCGCUGCCAUUACCAGCCAGCAGUGUGGUAGCUGUUAGCACCAAGAUGGCGGCUCGGGUCUUCGCGGCUGUGCGUGUCUGACAGCAGCCUGCAGCCUCCGCGGAGCUUCUCUCCCCGUUUCUGUGUGUUAGCCUGAGCAGCUACCGGCGGCUUCGUACCGACUGUCCGCUGCAGGCUGCCUGCUGGCUCACACCCGGUGCUCCGUGUUAGACCCAGCAACCGACCGGAUCUCCUGAGGACGUAGUUUAUCCUCCGGGUUUAGUAAAAGAGUCUGAGUUUCAGUCACGAAGCCUGUCUCUGAUCCCGCUGUCAGCAGCUAGUUAGCUACCCACACAGCUUCUCUCCUGUUAGCCGGCUAGUUAGCCCCUGGAGCUAGUUAGCGGGCUAAUGCUAAUCCAGAACCCCUUAAAGACUCCCGACUGAAUUUGGAUUUGAAUCCCGCACUGAGGAUCAGGAGGAGUGAACUCACACCGUGGCGUCAUGGCGGCCGAAGCAGCGACCCCGGCGGUGCUCCAGCCCCGUUGGAAGCGCGUCCUGGGCUGGAGCGGGCCGGUUCCGCGGCCCCGGCAUGGACACCGGGCCGUGGCCAUCAAGGAGCUGAUGGUGGUGUUCGGUGGAGGGAACGAGGGGAUCGUAGACGAGCUGCACGUCUACAACACCGCUACCAACCAGUGGUUCGUCCCAGCGGUCCGCGGUGAAGUCCCGCCCGGUUGCGCCGCCUAUGGCUUCGUGUGCGACGGGACUCGGCUGCUGGUGUUUGGAGGGAUGGUGGAGUAUGGGAAGUACAGCAGCGACUUGUACGAGCUGCAGGCGAGUCGCUGGGAGUGGAAACGUCUUACGGCCAAAGCUCCGAAGAAUGGCCCACCCCCCUGCGCCCGCCUUGGACACAGCUUCUCUCUGAUUGGCAGUCGCUGUUACCUGUUCGGAGGACUGGCCAAUGACAGUGAAGACCCCAAGAACAACAUUCCAAGGUACCUGAAUGACCUAUACUGCCUGGAGCUGCGUCCAGGUUCCAGUGUGGUCGGCUGGGAGAUCCCGGUGACGUCGGGCAUGGCUCCACCCCCUAGAGAGAGCCACACAGCGGUGGUGACGAGCAGCAAGCUGAUCAUCUACGGGGGGAUGAAUGGCUGCAGGCUUGGAGACCUGUGGCUACUGGACACAGACUCUCUGGUGUGGAGCAAACCAGCCGUCAAUGGGACCGUCCCCCUCCCCCGCAGCCUGCACUCUGCCACCGCCAUCAAUAACAGGAUGUUUGUGUUUGGAGGCUGGGUUCCUCUGGUGAUGGAUGAUGUUAAAGUGGCGACUCAUGAGAAGGAGUGGAAGUGCACUAACACACUGGCCUGUCUCAACUUGGACUCAAUGUGCUGGGAGACGGUGCUGAUGGACAGCAUUGAGGACAACAUCCCGCGGGCUCGAGCCGGUCACUGUGGCGUCGGCAUCAACUCCAGACUGUACGUCUGGAGCGGCAGAGACGGGUACCGCAAGGCCUGGAACAACCAGGUGUGCUGCAAGGACCUGUGGUACCUGGAGACAGAGCGUCCCUGCGCCCCCUCUCGGGUGCAGCUAGUUCGGGCGAACACGUCGUCUCUGGAGGUGAGCUGGGGGCCGUCUCAGACCGCAGACACCUACCUGCUGCAGCUGCAGAAGUACGACAUUCAUGCCUUACCUGCCUCCAGCCCCGCCCCCACACCUGGAGCUAGCUCCCCCAAGAUCCCCACCCCCAUUGCCAUGACACCAGCUAACCAGAGUGUCCCGCUACCCAGCGUUACACUUGUCCCCUCACCUGCCACCUCCAUACCUGGAGGCGUGCCAGCCGCAACUACCAAAGCACCAGCAACCCUGAAGGUGGCAGCAGCUCCAGGCACAGUGGGUGGAGCUUCCAUCAUCACGGUGAGACAGGCCACACCCAAAUCUCCAGUUGCUGUGUCGACGGUCCCUGCAGGUGUUGGUAUGGUGGUACCUGCUCAACCCAGUCAGACGCCAACUGGCAACAGUCCUCAGAUGAGUGGCAUGGCGGCGCUGGCGGCGGCUGCUGCAGCAACACAGAAGAUCCCUCCGUCCAUGCCGGCCAUACUGAACGUCGCCGCAGGAACGUCAGUCGUGAAGACAGUCAGCGUCAGUCCAGGAUCCAGCAGUGUGAAAGUGGUGAGUAACCAAGCCACUCGAACAUUGAAGACAGCAGCUGCUCAGGUGGGCGGGGCCUCUGUCGUCUCUGCCCCUGGGACGCCCAGCCGACCAAUCAUCACAGUCCAUAAGUCGGGCACAGUGACAGUGUCUCCGCAGGCGCAGGUGGUCACCACAGUGGUGGGCGGAGUCACAAAGACCAUCACACUGGUGAACAGCCCUCUGAGCGUUGGAGGGGGCGGAGCUCUGGUUGGUAGCCUUGGCAACCUGGGCAAGGUGAUGUCGGUGGUUCAGACCAAGCCGGUUCAGAGCGGAGCAGCUACUGGUCAGGCUGGGAGCAGCCCAGUGACCCAGAUUCUCCAGGUUGUCCUUAAAGGAGCUCCAGGUUCAGCAGGUACAAUCCUCAGGACCGUCCCGAUGGGCGGAGUCAGGCUGGUGUCACCUGGAGCUGUUGGCACCAAACCUACCGUCACCACACUGGUCGUCAAGGCUACAACAGGUGUCUCCAGUCUCGGGACGUUACCAGGGUGUGUCUCCACGGUUGCUAGCACUAACGCCUCCUUGGUGAUGCCCAUCACCACCCUGGCAACCAUCACAACGUUGGCCAACCAGGUCACCAUGGCAACCGCUGCCACAACAGGACCCAAACAGGUGACUUUAAUCACGACUCCGAGCGGCGCCGAGGCUCAGCCUCUGGUCCAGGACCUGCCCGCCUCCAUCAUGGCCUCUCCGACUUCAGAAGAGCCCAGCAGUACUACAAGCACUACUACAACUACUACUGCAGAGGGAGCUGGAGGAGACACUGCAGUGACGCUGGUCUGCGCCAACCCACCCUGUGAGACACACGACACCGGCACCACCAACACGCCCACCGUUGCCACAGCGACCAUUGGCAACAGCAACAGAGCAUGCUCCAACCCACCCUGCGAGACACACGAGACAGGAACGACCAACACCACCACGGUGACGUCGGUGAGCAUGCUGCAGGUGAAUUCAGAUCUGUCCUCAGUUGUCGGUCUGAACACAGGAACCACCUGCUCCAACCCACCGUGUGAGACUCACGAAACAGGAACCACGAACACCGCCACCACUGCUGGGGCAGGAGGGGUCCGACAGGUGUGUUCUAACCCACCAUGUGAGACUCACGAGACAGGAACCACGAACACCGCCACCACCGCCACAGCUCAGCAGCGUGGAGACAGUCUGCAGGGAGACUCCACCUCUGACCCCGCCCCCUCCACAGCAGCCAAUCAGAGCAGUGCUGUCACCACGGUUACACAAGCCACACCCGUACCUGGACCAUCCAUCCCUCAGAUGUCGUUAUUGGUCGGAGAGGACAGGGCGGAGUCUGUCGCCAUGGUAAUGGCAAUAGGGGAGGGGGAGGAGCCUAUGCAGACAGAUAACAAAUCAGAGUAUAUGAUGUCAUCAGCAGCGCCAGUGUUGCAGAUACAUGUGAAGGGAAGCACACAGAUGACGUCAUCAGACGGCGGUCUUCCUCAGGAGCUGAUGUCAUCAGAGGAGGAUGGAGGUGAGGCGGUGUCCAGGACGACGGCAGCAGAGGACGCAGCUCACCAGACAACGACACAGGCUGCAGGUCACAUGGGUGGCGGUGUCUCCGCGAAUCCAUCCGUCACUCUGGUUCUGACUCAGCAGGAACUUGCAGCUCUGGCCCAACAGCAGCAGGACGUCUACCACCAACCAGAGCCAGAACCACAGCACAGUGUUCCCACAGAAGGCCUUGCCCCGGCCGACAGCCUCAAUGACCCGGCAGCAGAGAGUAACGGACACGAGACAGCGUCAUCGGCCAUAACCAGCGCUGUCGCCCGAUUGGCCAGCACUUUUGGCCCCGCCCCUACUCUGACAGCUGGCCAGGUGAAGAUUCAAACUGCCUCAACACUGACAGACAUGACCAAUGGCAUCGCAACAACUGCAGCGACGCAGCUGACGCCAGCGGUGAAAGAUUCUCUGUGGUUCGACAUCGGCAUCGUCAAGGUUACCAACAUGGUGGUCACUCAUUACUACGUCCCCCACGACGGCAGCGUAGCCGAGGACGACUCAGGUGUGCUGCAGGAUUACAGCCAGAUGAGGAAGGUGGAGCUUCAGCCAGGGACGGCCUACAAGUUCCGCGUCGCAGGAAUCAACAUCUGCGGCCGCGGUGCCUUCUCAGAGGUGUCUGCGUUUAAGACAUGCCUGCCCGGUUUCCCCGGAGCGCCGUGUGCCAUCAAGAUCAGCAAGAGCUUGGAAGGCGCCCAGCUCACCUGGGAGCCUCCCGCCAUUACGUCUGGGCCAAUUAGCGAGUACUCUGUGUACCUGGCCAUCCAGUCCAGCCAGUCCACCUCCUCCAGGCCUGGUUCCGGUCCGGCCCAGCUUGCCUUCAUAAGGGUGUACUGUGGCCCAAACCCAUCCUGCCUGGUCCAGGCCUCCAGCCUCGCCAAUGCCCACAUUGACUACACCACCAAAGCCGCCAUCAUCUUCCGCAUCGCUGCCCGCAACCAGAAGGGCUACGGUCCGGCGACGCAGGUCCGGUGGCUACAAGAAACCAACAAAGACACCAAACCUGCCGUGAAGAGACCCCUAGCUUCGGACCAUACACCUAUAGGACCAAAGAAGUUCAAAACCGACCAAUAGGACGGCUGUGAUUGUUUCCUGUUGUCUUAAGCUCCACCCUGCACCUGGGUACCAUGAAGAGGAGGAGGCGGGGCUCUGGAAACAAUGGAAAGGACUUGAAGGAUAUUUGUACAUUUUUGACCAACUGGAACUCAUCCUGUGUGUUGUUGUCAUGGAGAUGGUGUGGGGGUGGAGCCAGCUUAAGCUGAAUGCAGAUGUAGCUGAGAUCAGAUGCUGUCAGUGGGCGGAGCCUCUGCAGAGGGGUGGGGCUAACAGCUAUGUUGUAAAUGAUAGUUUCAGAAUGUUUUUCAUUUUUAUAAAGAAGUUCCUCUUCUGUGUUUCUGUUUCUUUUGUUUGUGAAUAUUCUCUGCAACAAUAAAGAUUUUUAGAGCAUUUUCGUACCAA